AUGCCCUCCACCGGAGAGCUAAACGUCGUCUAUCGAGAUGAGACGAGGACAAUUGAUGACCGGGUUUCAGACCUUGUUAACCGCAUGACGCUGGCUGAAAAGGCUGGCCAACUCUUCCAGAACAUGCUCAUUCCGGGGCCAGAGGGUUCACUUUCGCCAGAGUUUGCAGCGUUCGGCGUCGAGGAUACCAAAGAUCUUCUUGGCAAGAAGCUCAUGACUCAUUUCAACCUUCUCGGCCCUGUUAGCGAUCCGUCAAUGAUCGCAAAGUGGCACAAUGCGGUCCAGGAAUAUGCCUUGACGCAGACCCGCUUGGGAAUACCAAUCACAUUCUCCACGGACCCCCGACAUCAUUUUACCGAAAAUGUCGGAACUGGGUCACGGGCCGGCGCUAUGAGUUUGUGGCCGGAAACCCUGGGUUUCGCCGCUCUUCGAGACCCCAAACUUGUGGAGGAAUUUGCCGAUAUUGCUCGGCAAGAAUACCUCGCACUUGGACUGCGAACAUCUCUUCACCCACAGAUCGACCUUUCAACUGAAUACCGCUGGGCGAGGAUCAAUGCCACUUUUGGCGAGGAUGCCGAUCUAUCAGGGGAGCUUGUCCAGGCUUACAUUCGUGGCUUUCAAAAUGGUCAUGAUGUGGGUCCUCAGAGUGUCUCUACUAUGACAAAGCACUUCCCUGGUGGAGGUUCCCAAAUGAAUGGAGAAGACCCACAUUUUAGCUAUGGUCGCGAGCAAUGCUACCCCGGAAAAAACCAAGAGUACCACCUGAAACCAUUCAAAAAGGCAAUCGAAGCCGGUACUCGCCAAAUGAUGCCUUACUACAGUAUGCCGGUAGGCACCGAGUGGGAGGAAGUCGGAUUCGCUUUCAACAAAGCAGUCAUCACAGAACUUUUGCGAGAGAAGUUGGGCUUUGAUGGAAUCAUCUGCACAGAUUGGGGUCUCAUCACUGACGCCAAUCUCCUCGGCCAAGAUAUGCCAGCCCGAGCCUGGGGCUGUGAACACUUGUCCGAGCUGGAUCGAACGAAGAAGAUUAUCGAUGCGGGUUGCGACCAGUUUGGAGGAGAGUCUCGACCGGAAUUGAUCAUCCAGCUAGUAGAAAAUGGCUUGAUUCCCGAAAGUCGAAUUGAUAUUUCAGUUCGCCGAGUUUUACGAGAAAAGUUUGCACUUGGUCUCUUCGACAAGCCAUUUAUUGAUGCCGAGAAUGCUGCGAAGAUCGUUGGAAGGCCUGAAUGGAAAGCAAAAGGCGAGGAUGCUCAGAGGAGGGCACAUACUCUCCUGAAGAAUGAACAAAAUGCUCUGCCACUGCGGAGGGAACUAACCGAAGGCAAGAAGUUCUACGUGGAAGGUAUCAAUGAGGCUGCCGCCGAGGCAAGGGGGCUUAAACUAGCUUCACUCGAAGAGGCUGAUAUUGCCAUCCUCCGCCUCCAAUGCCCAUACGAGCCGCGCACCGGUGGCUUUGAGGCUCAUUUCCAUGCCGGUUCACUCGAAUUUUCCACUGAAGAGCGGGCUCGACAGUCGGCAAUAUUCUCCAAAGUCUCAAUGAGUAUUGUGGACGUGUAUCUCGACCGUCCUGCCGUCAUCCCCGAUCUUGCCCGCCAGGUCACUGCAUUGACAACGAGCUAUGGAAGCAGUCAAGAAGCAUUCCUGGAUGUCAUAUUUGGUACCAAUGGCGCUGCACCCGAAGGCAAGCUUCCUUUUGACCUUCCCUGCUCCAUGCAAGCCGUACAGGAGAGCAAAGAAGACGUUCCUUUUGACACAAAAAGUGCACUGUAUCAAUUUGGAUACGGCUUAAGCUACUCUAGUGUCUAG